GGUGCGGCGCGGGCCGGGGCGGGGGCCGGGCCAUGAGCGAGCCGCCCUCGCGUCCCCGCGCCGCCGAGCCCGCCCGCGUCCUCGCCGGGCCCCGCGCCUCUCGCCAUGGCGCGGCUCGCGGACUACUUCGUGCUGGUGGCGUUCGGGCCGCACCCGCGCGGGAGCGGGGAAGGCCAGGGGCAGAUCCUGCAGCGCUUCCCGGAGAAGGACUGGGAGGACAACCCCUUUCCCCAGGGCAUCGAGCUGUUCUGCCAGCCCAGCGGGUGGCAGCUCUGCUCUGAGAAGAACCCACCAACCUUCUUCGUGGCCGUCCUUACCGACAUCAACUCGGAGCGUCACUACUGCGCCUGCCUGACCUUCUGGGAGCCUGCAGAGCUCACGCUGGAAACAGGGUCACCUGUGAAUGCUGCCGAGAGGGACGAGGACGAGGGGGCCCCAUCACAGCCCUCACCCCCGGCCCUGGGCUCACCCAGCCAGCUGUUCGCCCCGAAGACACUGGUGCUGGUGUCCCGACUGGACCACACGGAAGUGUUCAGGAACAGCCUGGGCCUCAUCUACACCAUCCACGUGGAGGGCCUGAGUGUGGGUCUGGAGAAUGUGGUCGGGAACCUGCUCACCUGCACCAUCCCGCUGGCAGGCGGCUCACAGCCGACGUCUGUUGAGGACGGCGCGAGGACCAUCUCCCUGGGCGCCGGGGACCGCCAGGUCAUCCAGACGCCCCUGGUCGAUUCACUGCCCGUCAGCCGCUGCAGCGUCGCCCUGCUCUUCCACCAGCUGGGCAUCACCAAUGUGCUGUCUCUGUUCUGCGCUGCCCUCACGGAGCAUAAGGUGCUCUUCUUGUCUCGGAGCUACCAGCGUCUUUCAGAUGCCUGCCGAGGCCUGCUGGCCCUGCUCUUCCCGCUCAGAUACAGCUUCACCUACGUGCCCAUCCUGCCCGCGCAGCUCCUGGAGGUCCUCAGCACACCCACCCCCUUCAUCAUUGGCGUCAAUGCCGCCUUCCAGGCGGAGACCCAGGAGCUGCUGGACGUGAUCGUGGCUGAUCUUGAUGGGGGCACAGUGACUGUCCCCGAGUGCGUGCACGUACCACCGCUGCCAGAGCCGCUGCAGAGCCAGACACACAACAUCCUGAGCAUGGUCCUGGACCCUGAGCUGGAGCUGGCUGACCUGGCCUUCCCUCCACCCUCCACCACUACAUCCUCCCUGAAGAUGCAGGACAAGGAGUUGCGUGCCGUCUUUCUGCGGCUCUUUGCACAACUGCUGCAGGGUUACCGUUGGUGCCUGCACAUGGUGCGGAUCCAUCCUGAGCCCGUCAUCCGCUUCCACAAGGCAGCCUUCCUGGGCCAGCGCGGGCUGGUGGAGGACGACUUCCUGAUGAAGGUGCUGGAGGGCAUGGCCUUCGCCGGCUUUGUCUCAGAGCGUGGGGUCCCCUACCGCCCCACGGACCUGUUCGAUGAGCUGGUGGCCCACGAGGUGGCCCGGAUGAGGGCGGAUGAGCAGCACCCGCAGCGCGUCCUGCGCCAUGUCCGGGAGCUGGCAGAGCAGCUGUACAAGAACGAGAACCCGUACCCUGCCGUGGCUAUGCACAAGGUGCAGCGGCCGGGUGAGGCCAGCCACCUGCGGCGUACGCCCCGGCCGUUCCCCCGCCUGGACGAAGGCACCGUUCAGUGGAUCGUGGACCAGGCCGCAGCCAAGAUGCAAGGCGCGCCCCCCGCUGUGAGGGCUGAGAAGAGGACCACUGUGCCGUCUGGACCCCCCAUGACUGCCAUCCUGGAGCGGAGCAGCGGCCUCCACGGCAAUAGUGCCCGCCGGCUGGAGGUGGUUCGCAACUGCAUCUCCUACGUGUUCGAGGGGAAGAUGCUGGAGGCCAAAAAGCUGCUCCCAGCUGUGCUGCGAGCCCUGAAGGGGCGUGCCGCCCGCCGCUGCCUGACCCAGGAGCUGCACCUCCAUGUUCAGCAGAACCGGGCCGUGCUGGACCACCAGCAAUUUGACUUCGUGGUUCGCAUGAUGAACUGCUGCUUGCAGGACUGCACCUCACUGGACGAACAUGGCAUUGCGGCAGCACUGCUGCCCCUGGUCACCGCCUUCUGCCGGAAGCUGAGCCCCGGUGUGACGCAGUUUGCAUACAGCUGCGUGCAGGAGCACGUGGUGUGGAGCACGCCGCAGUUCUGGGAGGCCAUGUUCUAUGGAGACGUGCAGACUUACAUCCGGGCCCUCUACCUGGAGCCCGCCGAGGACCAAGAGCCAUCCCAGGGCGGGGAGGCGCCGCCGGAGGAGGGCCGCUCGGCCCUGGAUGUGGCGUCGGAGCAGCGGCGCCUGUGGCCAACGCUGAGCCGGGAGAAGCAGCAGGAGCUGGUGCAGAAGGAGGAGAGCACCGUUUUCAGCCAGGCCAUCCAUUAUGCCAACCGCAUGAGCUACCUGCUGCUGCCCCUGGACAGCAGCAAGAGCCGCCUGCUGCGUGAGCGUGCCGGCCUGGGCGAGCUGGAGAGUGCCAGCAACAGCCUGGUCACCAACAGCAUGGCGGGCAGCGUUGCCGACAGCUACGACACAGAGAGCGGCUUCGAGGAUGCAGAGGCCUGUGACGUGGCAGGCACUGUGGUUCGUUUCAUCAACCGCUUCGUGGACAAGGUCUGCACGGAGAGUGGCGUCACCAGCGACCACCUCAAGGGGCUGCAUGUCAUGGUGCCAGACAUCGUGCAGAUGCACAUCGAGACGCUGGAGGCUGUCUACCGAGAGAGUAGGCGGCUGCCGCCCAUCCAGAAGCCCAAGCUGCUGCGGCCCCGCCUGCUGCCCGGGGAGGAGUGUGUGCUGGAUGGCCUGCGUGUCUGUCUGCUGCCGGACGGGCGGGAGCAGGCCACUGGGGGCAGUGGCGGGGGCCCUGCCUUGCUGCCCGCCGAGGGGGCCGUGUUCCUCACUACCUACCGUGUCAUCUUCACGGGGAUGCCCACCGACCCUCUGGUUGGGGAGCAGGUGGUGGUCCGCUCCUUCCCCGUGGCUGCGCUGACCAAGGAGAAGCGCAUCAGCGUCCAGACCCCCAUGGACCAGCUCCUGCAGGACGGACUCCAGUUGCGUUCCUGCACCUUCCAGCUGCUGCGGAUGGCCUUCGACGAGGAGGUGGGCUCAGACAGCGCGGAGCUCUUCCGCAAGCAGCUGCAUAAACUACGUUACCCGGCUGAUGUGCGGGGCACGUUUGCGCUCACACUUGGCUCUGCCCACACGCCAGGCCGGUCAUCCCGCAUGGCCAAGGACAAGGGGCCUUCGCUCAGGACCUUCUCCCGGAACCUCAUGAAAAAUGCCAAGAAGACCAUGGGGCGUCACUAUGGCAACCGCAAGAAGUACAGUCCCCCGGGCUGGGAGCAGCGGGGCCAGCCGCCGCCUGAAGACCUCGAGGAUGAGAUCUCAGUGUCGGAGGAGCUGGAGCCCAGCACGCUGACCCCGGCCUCGGCACUCAAGCCCUCGGACCGCAUGACCAUGAGCAGCCUCGUGGAGCGUGCCUGCUGCCGGGACUACCAGCGCCUGGGGCUGGGCACGCUCAGCAGUAGCCUGAGCCGCGCCAAGUCCGAGCCCUUCCGCAUCUCCCCGGUGAACCGCAUGUACGCCAUCUGCCGCAGCUACCCGGGGCUGCUGAUCGUGCCACAGAGUGUGCAGGACAACGCCCUGCAGCGAGUGUCACGCUGCUACCGGCAAAACCGCUUCCCCGUGGUGUGCUGGCGCAGCGGGCGCUCCAGGGCCGUGCUGCUGCGCUCAGGAGGCCUGCACAGCAAGGGCGUGGUGGGGCUCUUCAAGGCGCAGAAUGCUCCUUCCCCAGGACAGUCCCAAGCCGACUCGAGCAGCCUGGAACAGGAGAAGUACCUGCAGGCCGUGGUGGGCUCCAUGCCGCGCUUUGCCGACGCCUCCGGACGCAGCACGCUCAGUGGCUUUUCCUCGGCCCACAUGGGCAGCCACGUGCUCAGUCCCCAAGCCAGGGUCACCACGCUGUCCCACCCCAUGGCGGCCUCGGCCUCUAGAUGGACUGCGUCCCGAGGCAAAUGGGGCAGCGUCCGGGCCAGUGGGCGCAGCGCAGGUCUCGGCGUGGACGUGGGCUCGCGGCUGGCAGGCAGGGACAUGCUGGCACCUCCUCAGGUCAAUGGGGCUCCACCCGACCCCGGCUUCCUGCGGCCCCAGCGAGCGGCCCUGUACAUCAUUGGGGACAAGGCGCAGCUGAAGGGCGUGCGGCCAGACCCCCUGCAGCAGUGGGAGCUGGUGCCCAUCGAGGUGUUCGAGGCGCGGCAGGUGAAGACGAGCUUCAAGAAGCUGCUGAAGGCCUGUGUCCCCGGCUGCUCCAACACCGACCUCGCCCCGGCCUCCUUCCUGCGAGCGCUCGAGGACUCGGAGUGGCUGGUGCAGAUCCACAAGCUGCUGCAGGUGUCGGUGCUAGUGGUUGAGCUCCUGGAUUCCGGCUCAUCUGUGCUAGUGAGCUUGGAAGACGGCUGGGACAUCACCACGCAGGUGGUGUCAUUGGUGCAGCUGCUGUCCGACCCCUACUACCGCACCCUGGAAGGCUUCCGGCUACUGGUGGAGAAGGAGUGGCUGUCCUUUGGCCACCGUUUCAGCCACCGUGGCGCACACACCCUGGCAGGGCAGGGCAGUGGCUUCACACCCGUCUUCCUGCAGUUCCUGGACUGCGUGCACCAGGUGCACCUACAGUUCCCCAUGGAGUUUGAGUUCAGCCUGUUCUACCUCAAGUUCCUCGGCUACCACCACGUGUCCCGCCGCUUCCGGACUUUCCUGCUUGACUCGGACUACGAGCGCAUAGAGCUGGGGCUGCUCUACGAGGAGAAAGGGGAGCGCAGGGCCCAGCAGGCGUGCCGGUCCGUGUGGGAGUACGUGGAACGGCUGAGCAAGAAGACGCCCAUGUUCUACAACUACCUGUACGCGCCCGAGGACACGGAGGUCCUGCGGCCCUACAGCAACGUGUCCAACCUGAAGGUGUGGGACUUCUACACGGAGGAGACGCUGGCCGAGGGCCCCCCCUACGACUGGGAGCUGGCACAGGGGCCCCCCGAGCCCCCUGAGGAAGAGCGGCCAGACGGGGGUGCCCCCCAGAGCCGGCGCCGUGUGGUGUGGCCCUGCUACGACAGCCUUCCCCGGGCCCAGCCUGACGCCAUCUCCCGCCUGCUGGAGGAGCUGCAGAGGCUGGAGACAGAGCUGGGCCGGCCUGCCGAGCGCUGGAAAGACACGUGGGACAGGGUGAAGGCCUCACAGCGCCUCGAGGGCCGGCCCAAAGGCCGAGGAACCCUCAGCUCCUUGCUGGUGUCCAGUGUGCCCCAGCACCGCCGCUCGCUGGGUGUGUACCUGCAGGAGGGGCCCGUGGGCUCCACCUUGAGCCUCAGCCUGGACAGUGACCAGAGCAGCGGCUCCACGGCAUCUGGCUCCCGCCAGGCCGCCCGCCGCAGUACCAGCACCUUGUACAGCCAGUUCCAGACGGCCGAGAGUGAGAACAGGUCCUAUGAGGGCACCCUCUACAAGAAGGGGGCCUUCAUGAAACCUUGGAAGGCCCGCUGGUUCGUGCUGGAUAAGACCAAGCACCAGCUGCGCUACUAUGACCACCGAGUGGACACCGAGUCCAAAGGCGUCAUUGACCUGGCUGAAGUGGAGGCAGUGGUGCCAGGCACGCCCACCAUGGGAGCCCCCAAGACUGUGGACGAAAAGGCCUUCUUUGAUGUCAAGACCACGCGUCGCAUCUACUACUUCUGUGCCCAGGAUGUGCCGACGGCCCAGCAGUGGGUGGACCAGAUCCAGGGCUGCCUGUCCGAUGCCUGACCACUCUGCUGUGUUGUUGGUCUAGACCACUAGGGGUGGGCAGGGCCCCCCGGCCAUGUUUACAGACCCCCUUGACAGUAUUGAGGUCCCGCCUGCCCCCACACGUGUACAGAGAACCCCACCCGCCCGCUCGGACCUACUUUAGAGUCCUGGCCGAGGGCCAGCCACGGUACAGCCCUCGUGGUGGGUCUGUAAAUAGCCCACUUCCGCCUGACCUCUGCACGCUGGCCCUGGCCGGCCAGCCCCAGGGCCCGCUCCUAGAACCAGUCUAUAAAGAGAACAAAUCAUGCGCCUGCCUCGCUCUCCACCGCCACCACCCGCCUGCCCCCUGCAGGCCACUUUGGUCUGCCUGAGAGAGAGGCCUGGGGGCAGGGGAGGCCAGGACAGAUGCCUGAGGGUCCUUGGGGACAGGCAGGCUUGUUAGGUCACUGUCAGACUCAGGAGCUCCAGAUCAGCUACUUCCACAGAGAGCAGGUCUGGGGCGCCCAGCGGCAGGCCAGCCCAGGAACACCUGGCUCCAGACCAGCACACGGUGGAGUGAGGGGAACACAGCUUUAUUGGAGGCGAGGCCCUGUCCCACUGAUGAUCAGAACAUCGGAAAUAGGCUCAUGCACCUGCCAGGACCCCCAGCCCCAGCACUGCUGGGGCCCUCACCACCCCUCCCAUCCCCCUCCUGAGUCCAGCAGCGGGGGAGGGAGGCCCAACAGGCUGAGGGUCCUUUUUAAGGCAGUUGAGUUUUGCGGCCUCCCUGGAGGCCAAUCCCAGGGCCACUGGGUAGUAAGGGCCCUUUCUGGCCAUGUGGCUCCCGACCCACAUCUGUUCCCAGAGCCGAAGGCCAUCCCUGGGGCUGGACAAAGUGCAGACAUGUGGUUUCUCCUGUGUUUGAUAAAAAAAAAAAAAAAAGGGUAAAAACAGGCUGGAGCCAUGGUGUCCCACCUGCUAGUCCUCGGCGUCUUGCCGCCUGGACCCGCAGCAGCGCACACAGCUCGGGCCUAUUGCUGCGGGGGGCCUAGGGCCCCGAGGCCCACCGGGCAGGCAGGAGCAGGAGACGCAAGCUGGGUUGUCCCACUGGUUCCAACUGGCAGCUUUACCAAUGCAGCAUUUAUUUUUAAAUUAAAUUAAGUUAAAUUAAAACGACAAAUCGCA